UGUUGUGUGCCACAAGGCCGACCGUCGAAUGCAUUCUAGCCUUAGCUGAAACCAAACCAGUCACCUCGGACUAUCUAAAUCGCGAUGAUCGAUAGUAGCGCGUUCUUCCCCGCUUGUGCGAGACAGUAAUCUCUUGCUAUUUGUCCAGUGAUAAUUGUAGGUAGGAUAACAGCGCAGAUAUUAAGUGAAAUUCGGGCAGUGUAAAAAUAGUAGCCAUCCUAUAAGUGAUAAGCUGCGGAAGGCUGUGAUCUUCCCUAUUGGUGUGGUGUGUGAAGAAUUGCUUAGAAAGCGACUGGUGGCUGUGAGGGAAGCCGUAUCCCAUAUCUACCCCACGGGCAUACAUCACGCGAUAAGACAAACGGGCCCAGCGGUUACCAGCAUGGCUCCACCAUCUCAGCCGGAAAGCCAGCCCGCUUCUGACGGGAACUAUUUGAACAACUUCAGGAACCUUCUUGGACCCGGUACGAGCGAUUUGACCGAUAUGACCAAAAGUUACGGACCGGCCUUUCCAUACCCAAAGGACAGCCAUGUGACGCCGGCCGAACUGAAAAAGCUGGUGAUGGCCAGCGAACGGAUACAAACUAUUAUUGAGAAGGAAUCUCAGGGGGAUGUGACUAAGAGAACAGAGGUUGUUAACAGUAUUAAAGCGAUUCUGGAUGAGAUCGGAUUGGAUGAAAGUCUACCGAUUAUUCGUACACUGGGAACGAUUCUGAAUUUCAUUUUCGGUCGGAUACUGAGUGGGUUGCACGUUAAUGAGACCAAACUAGAACACCUUAAAUCAAAAUACGGAAAACAACCAGUGUUAUACCUGCCUUCUCAUCGAAGCUAUGGUGAUUUCAUACUGAUGUCAUACGUAUCGUUCUGCUACAACAUCGCCAUCCCGGGUAUUGCUGCUGGGAUGGACUUUCAUGCAAUGGCCUUCAUGGGUAGCGUACUGCGCAGUACGGGAGCGUUCUACAUGCGGCGUACCUUUGGAAACGACGAAGUCUACUGGGCCGUUUUCAAGGAAUACAUGCGACAGCUGGUACGAGUGUUCGACAACGGGGUCGAAUUUUUCAUCGAGGGAACUCGAAGUCGAAGUAAUAAGGCGCUGGUUCCUAAGAUUGGACUUCUCUCAAUGGCUCUGGAGCCACUAUUCAUGGGUGAAAUACCGGACGUCCUAGUUGUGCCGGUCAGUGUAUCCUACGACCGACCACUAGAAGAACAACUAUUCGUGUAUGAGCUGAUCGGAAUACCAAAACCUAAAGAAUCGACUAAAGGAUUGCUGAAGGCCAUGAGUAUUUUGAAGGAAAACUAUGGAUCUAUUUAUUUUGAAUUUGGAGAACCGAUUUCAGUCAAAGAUUACUUUGGACAAGAACUGGAUCGUUUCCAACAUGCGAUAAAUCCAAGCCACAUACAGACCUUAACCAAAUCUGAACUUGGUAUGAUCCAGAAUCUCGCUUUUGAUGUUGUGCAUCUCCAACAGCAGAAAAUCGUCCUAACCACAUUCCACCUGAUAUCGAUCUAUUACAACUAUAAGAAGUAUCUCGGACAAUCAAUCACUCUCCCGGAACUUGUUGAAGGUCUGAGCAACUUACUUGACAUAUUCAAAGAUCUUGGCGCUAUAACGACCAUCCAGAAGACCGGCAAUCCAGAACUGGAUCACCACCUGAUACGAACGAGUGUGAGGGAAGCUCUGGCGGUACAUCGGAACAUUCUCCAGCUGACUCGUAAUGAGGUUCUGACAAUAGCCAAAUCGCAUCACGAUUUUAGUCAGGUCGACAAACGGAAACUUAAAGGCCACAAUUUGUCGGAUGUUGUCAUGAAACUAUCGGUGCCAAUUUUCACGCUUCAGUUGUACUGCAAUCCGUGUCUUCAUUGGUUGGCCCAACCGGCAUUAGUACUGCUCGUAGUCAAACACCUGUCCCGUAGUGGCUUGGUGAGGGUGAGUAGCUUGCAGCGCGCCGUGGGAGAUCUGAGGAAUCUAUUCGCUGGGGAAUUCGUCUUCCACUCAAGGCGAGAGAUGCAGGAUUUUGAACAGGCCUUCAGGCACCUUGUUGAGUUUGGUCUUCUGGAGCAUGCGGCGAAUGAAUCGACCGUUCGAUGUGUUGGUAAUGAGGGGAACGAAAAUGUUUAUCUCAGCCUGGUCGGACCCUUUAUAUGUUGCUAUUUACAAGUUACCAACGUGCUCAUAAAUAGGUUCUCUACUCAGUCUUUCAAGGAAAAGGAUUAUCUGACUCGAGUGCAAGAGUUUGUGGAACAGCUUCUUCUUCAGCAAGGGCGGAACGUUCACCCGUACUGCUUAUCGUUGGACAGUAUUAAUCUAGCGCUUCAUUCUCUAGUCAGCCUGGGUGCCAUCAGCAAAUCAAAAGUAAACGGUUCUACCAUCUUCACGGCAGAUCUAAUCCGUAUCCGGUCGCUGAACGACACCCUCCGAUCGUACUGCGAUCUCCUGCCGUUCGAGUACCUUACCUUCCAGGGGGCCGUCACGGAAGCCAAGUUGUAGAAUUGGCUUUCAUGGCCAGCCGAUUUGGCGUCUCGGGUGCUCGCCCCACCGGGAAACCUUUUCCAGCUGGUCCGACUGCUGCUGACCGUGGCGUUGCAAUUGCUGCAGAGUGUUCUACACUUCAGCAAACUCAUCGGCAUCAAGGUGCUGGGGAUGGUGAUGCCUCCGCCGCCAGCCGAUCGUAGGAUGUAGUUAACGGGUGUUUGCCACGUGUUGUGGCUGCGGGUGGCGAUUUGAUAGCAAUUCUCCAGAAGAAAUGGACAAUGCUCCCAACAAGUCAGACAUAAUUAAUAAGCUAAUGAAGUGUAAGUAUAAUUCCGUAUGGUAAGACGUAACAACUAACUGUGGUUAGCUACCAGUUUUUUUAUGAAUAAGUACUCAAUAUUAAAGUAGCAAAGUGCAUGCAUUUGUGUUAGAAGUUAUUGUGUUGUGGGUUCACAUUCUGUAUUAUGCUCAUAAGGAAAAUGUAAUAAAACUAAUGAAAUAAAUUGUUUGAAGUAUUUUUAUCGAAUA